UGUGUCAGUUUACCAUGGUAUUAGCAUGGUAGUCCAGUCAAAGAAUAUCAUGAUGCACAUCACAAAUAAAUCAUGGUAGUUUUUGAUGCUGAUGAAUAUAAAUGUCAGCAGGAGCGUCUCUGCCGGCUCAAACUCCGACAGGUGCAGCUGCUGGAAUUCUCAAAAUAAACACCGGAUCUGUGACUGAAUCCACCAACUGUGGGGUGUGUUUGGGGACGGCCGGGCCAUCUAAACCAGAUCUGCUUCACAAUUAACACACGCUUGGACUCUGAAGAUCAGGUUCCCGCUGGAGCUGCUGGUGAAGAUCCUGCUGAGAGACGUUCCCUCUGCUGGUUGAUCAGGAGAUCUGCAGGUGUCCGCUGUCAUGAUGGCUCAGUUUGAUGCGCUGGAUGACAAGGACUCUCUGGACAUCCAUGACAAUCCUCCCGCCCCGGAUAACCUGCUCAAAGAGGAGGACAAUACCGUGUAUUUCAUCUAUGAUGAAGAGGUCGAGGAGGAGGAGAAAGAGGAGCCUCCGCCUCCAGAGCCGGUCCGACCCGUGAACGACAGGCCGCACAAGUUUAAAGACCACUACUGCAAGAAGCCCAAGUUCUGCGACGUCUGCGCGCGGAUGAUCGUCCUCAAUAAUAAAUUUGCUCUGAGGUGCAAAAACUGUAAGACCAACAUCCAUCAUCAGUGUCGGAGCUACGUGGAGCUUCAGAGGUGCUUCGGCAAAAUCCCUCCAGGUUUCAGACGUGCGUACAGUUCUCCGCUCUACAGCAGUCAGCAGAACGCCACCGUUAAAGAGCUGCUUCCGUUCUCUCAGACGAACCGCACUGAUCCGGUGUACGAGACGCUGCGCAUCGGUGUCAUCAUGGCCAACAAGGAGCGGAAGAAAGCGUCGGAAGACAAGAAGAACAUGAUGAUGAUGAUGAUGGAGGAAGAGGAGACACAACCCAAAGCAGAGGAAGGUGCUGAUGAAGGAGCAAACCAAGAAGAAAAGAAAGACAAAGCAGCAGCAGAUGACAAGAAUAAGAAGCUUCAGCCGGGUAAACUGGGCGUCUUCUCUCAGUCUCAUUAUUAUCUCGCCCUGUAUCGCUUCAAAGCCAUAGAGAAGGACGACCUGGACGUGCAUCCAGGAGAUCGAAUCACUGUGAUCGAUGAUUCUAACGAGGAGUGGUGGAGAGGUAAGAUUGGGGAUCGAUCAGGGUUUGUUCCGGCCAACUACAUCAUCCGUGUGCGAUCGGGAGAGAGAGUUUACAAAGUGACGCGCUCCUUCGUGGGAAACAGAGAAAUGGGACAAAUAACGCUGAAAAAAGACCAGAUUGUGGUUAAGAAGGGCGACGAGGUGAACGGAUAUCUGAAGGUCAGCACAGGACGCAAGCUCGGCUUCUUCCCUGCCGACAUCUUACAGGAGAUCUGAGUGUGUGUGUGUGUGUGUGUGUGUGUGUGUGUGUGU